AGAAGACGUGCAAAAUGCCGCCAAACGUCGUGGAGCCGAGUUUCUCUCCCGAGACAGAUAUUGGUGUUGAAAGUAAAAAUCAAGUUACAGCAAAGCCUCAAGAAGGAAUCAAUUAUAAUUUAUACAUCUUUAGUUCGACGUUAAAUUUGCUAGCUCAUAUAUUAAUUGGUGUUGUCGUGGGUGUUGCUGUGUUGUUUUCAUUGAGGAAUGGCUUACCUUUGGGAUCAACACCCAUGCAUAUCAUUCUGUGUGUUAUUGGGCACCAAUUGCUUAUGGCAGAAUCUAUUCUUAGUCUAUCUUCUGAGAACGGCUGGUCUUCAAAACUGAGACUGGUCGACAAACGUCGAGCACAUUGGAUCCUACAAAUACUUGGCUCAGGUAUAGCCUUGGCUGGAAAUUUUAUCAAGAUUCUAGAUAAAAGUGUCCACUGGAAUACAUACCAUGGACAAUUCGCGUUGGUGGCAAUUGUUUUCACCGUUACCAGUUUAAUCAAUGGUUUGGCUUCAUUAUACGCGUACGAAUGGCGUAGAAUCUUCAACGGCACUAUCUCUAAGCUGACGCACAUCUGUUUCGGAACCGUAGCAUUCGCCGCUUCAAGUAUCAGUCUUUGCUAUGGGUUCGAUAAAUUCAACUUCAGAACUUGGGCAACCCCUUCCUUCACUGAUACACUGAUUGCCUUCACUGGUAUAUUCACUUUCAUAGUUAUAAUUAACCCGUGUAUUACUUUUUACUCAAAAGCGAUGACUGCUAAAAAGAAAUAAGCGGAACCAAUUUUACGUGUAACAUUUAUCGUUGUAAUUCUAGAAGAUUCUUAUACACAACUUCACAUACUUAAUUUGAUUUUGUUUAAUUUUCGAAUAUUCAUUUACUUCGCCUGAAAGAAUAACUUAA